CUCAUUAUACCGUUAGGGUUCAAAAUUCCAGAUAUUCGCAUCCAACACUUCUCCCAUUUCCUCUCUCUCCGUCGCCGGACAUUUCCCGUGGAAAUCACCGGCGUUCAGGUUGCCUGGAGAGGAUUCGAAUGGUGUCUGAAAAUCCGACGAUCGUUUCUCCUUCCCUUUCCGUCCUCGAAGAGUUAAAUUCAAUGGGUGAUGGAAAGAAGUACAUAACAUCAGAAGAGUUGAAAAAACACAACAAUCCUAGUGAUCUUUGGAUCUCAAUACAGGGUAAAGUUUACAACGUUACAGAAUGGGCUAAAGAGCACCCGGGAGGUGAUAUCCCGUUACUAAAUCUAGCGGGCCAGGAUGUAACCGAUGCAUUUAUCGCGUUUCACCCUGGUACUGCAUGGAAACACCUUGACAAACUCUUCACCGGGUAUCACUUAAAAGAUUACCAAGUUUCAGAAGUUUCUAGAGAAUACCGGAAGCUCGCUUCCGAGUUUGCAAAAGCCGGUAUGUUUGAGAAGAAAGGUCACGGUGUGAUCUACUCGCUUUGUUUUGUGUCGUUAUUGCUUUCCGCGUGCGUGUAUGGUGUAUUAUACUCCGAAAGCUUUUGGAUUCAUAUGCUUUCGGCGGCAUUACUGGGAUUAGCAUGGAUGCAAAUCGCGUAUUUGGGUCACGACGCGGGUCAUUACCAAAUGAUGGCGACCCGCGGGUGGAACAAAUUCGCGGGAAUCUUUAUUGGGAAUUGUAUAACCGGUAUCAGCAUCGCGUGGUGGAAGUGGACGCAUAAUGCACAUCACAUUGCUUGCAACAGUCUCGAUUAUGACCCCGAUCUUCAACAUUUACCGAUGUUAGCUGUCUCUUCGAAGCUUUUCAACUCGUUGACCUCGGUUUUCUAUGGGAGACAGUUGACUUUCGACCCGUUAGCCCAAUUCUUCGUGAGCUACCAACACUACACGUAUUACCCGAUCAUGUGCGUGGCCCGUGUCAACCUUUACUUACAAACAAUAUUGCUACUACUUUCAAAACGAAAGAUCCCCGACCGCGGUUUAAACAUAAUCGGAACCCUGAUCUUCUGGACGUGGUUUCCGUUACUCGUGUCCUGCUUACCCAACUGGCCCGAACGGGUCGCGUUUGUGCUGGUUAGCUUUUGUGUUACGGGUAUCCAACAUGUUCAAUUCACCUUAAACCAUUUUGCCGCCAAUGUAUACGUGGGCCCACCAAAGGGGAACGAUUGGUUCGAGAAACAAACAAAUGGGACCAUCGACAUUGCGUGUUCUUCAUACAUGGAUUGGUUUUUCGGCGGUUUACAGUUUCAACUCGAGCACCAUUUGUUUCCUAGGUUGCCGCGGUGUCACUUGAGGUCCAUAUCUCCCAUUGUUAGGGAACUUUGCAAGAAACAUAACUUACCUUAUAUAAGUAUUUCAUUUUACGAUGCUAAUGUGAUGACACUCAAGACACUUAGGACGGCGGCACUACAGGCACGAGACAUUACGAACCCGGCCCCACAGAAUCUGGUUUGGGAAGCUUUUAACACUCAUGGUUGAUUGAGGGAGUGUUUUUGUUGUAGCAAAACGAUGGCGUUUGUCUUCGGCUUUUCGGUUUUGGAGUUGUAAAUUUAUUGAUUAUGUUUUGCUUUUGAAUACAAUCUACAGUUAUAUUUUUUAUUUUUUCAUAUGUUUA